AUGAGUUCCACUGCAGGAACGCGUCGUGAUUUUUCUUGCGAAUUGAGGGACUCUCGAAAGCACUCAGCCUCACCAGAGCAUGGUAGCAGUAGAAAGAGACACAGACAGGAUUUUCGAUCCGGCGCAGGCGGGAGUGCCCUCUCCGCCUGUGCCGUAUGUCUGGGGCGCAAUCCACACAAAAUCAUUGAGUGCAAGUCACUCAAGAUGUGGGAUGGCGUCCUCGAUACUCUCUGCACGCACAUCAACAAAGCGCUCACAAUGCGCGACAGACGGCCAAUUUGCAACGAUUGGCAGAGGGCAGGAGGAUGCUCCGAGACCACCAAUGACAGACAUCAGUUCUGCUCAGGAUGUUCCACUUCAACUCACGGGGCUCAGACGUGCCCUCGAGCAUAG